CGUGCAGUAUAUGACCAAUUUGAGUACUUUCUACCGUUGGGUCAGACCGUUGGGUGGCAGUCGUUUGAUUACUCGUGGGAUCCUGCCGACCUGCAGAUAUAUAUAAUACCCAGCAGCGCUGCUGAGAGAUAGUACCAAGUCUGUAAAGGUUGAUAAAUCUCGCAAUAUCAUCCGUGGUCUCAACCAGCUAGUCGCGAUGAAGCUUGCCAUAGUAGCCACAUUGUCUGCGUUGUGUGCGUCUUUCACGGAUGCCCUCGUCCUUCGUCAGACUCCUGGACAACGACUCCCGUCCGGAAACUCCAUCCGUCUCCUUCCCCUAGGAGACUCCAUUACAUGGGGCACAGAUAGCACAGAUGAAAGUGGCUACCGCGGCGGUCUCCUAUCCGAACUCAGCGGCAACAUCGUCGACUUCAUCGGGAACGCAUCACAGCGCCGUGGCAACAUUCCCGAUCCCGACAAUGCCGGCUGGCCAGGAUACACGAUUGCGCAAAUCGGCGAGGCCGCGGACAAUGCCUCCACAUCGGUGUUUGCACCUCAGCCCAAUGUUGUCACGCUGCAUGCAGGUACAAACGACAUGAUUUAUAUCUUCCAGGACUAUGCUGGUGCUCCAGAUCGACUAGAGGCGUUGAUCAAUAAGAUCACGGCAAAUGUGCCGAAUACGCUGGUGCUGGUUGCGAAGAUCAUUCAUGCCUCUGACCCGGACGUUGAUGCUAGAAUCCAGACGUAUAACUCAGGGAUAGAUGCUGCUGUACAGAGGGCUCAGCAGGGUGGGAAGUUCAAGGUGCGCGUAGUAGAUCAAUCUGCUAUCGAUGACCUUGGAGAUGGUGUGCAUCCGACCGACGCAGGAUAUGCGACGAUGGCAACCAAUUGGUACAAUGCUAUUUACGAUGCAGAUGUGGCAGGACUUAUUUCACCAGCCUAGGGGUGGAAGGCUCACUCGCACGAGGGUCGCUCAGUUUUCGACUUGCGUCCUACGUAAGGGAAAGAGGAAUAGAUAAGGGACAUAUACCUACUCAAACAGAUCAUUACACUGGUGUAUGUGUUCUCACUAUCGCUAUGAACAAACAAAGAGGUCAGAACUAGUCUAUAGACUAGCUUAUCUCAAGAUAUCAAGUGAAU